UGUAUCUAAAGAAACUCACCAGAUUUACAUUGAACAGCGAAUGUGUUAUGUUAAUACAUCCAUAGAACAUGCAUCCUUAGUAAUUCUAUCUUUAUCAUAUUAUAGGCAUAAGGCAGUCGAUAAUAGCAAGAAGGAUAAUUGCUGGAACACGCAAAUCACGUGAUGUGGAAACGCCGAUUGCGUUUUGCGCCCGUUUUCCUACUUGCAGUAACAGGCAUCGGUGCUGUACCGAUCAUCUGAUAAGACAGAAACGGGUAAAUAAUGUGGCUAUCGCCUCCUUAUUUAACAUGCAACGCCUAUAAAACAAAGCCUGAUUAAAAAAAAGUUUACCUAAAAGCUUAGGUGGUGCACUUGGGUAACGAAUGCGUAAUUUAUUCGCAAACGCCAUGCAUCUCUUUCCCAUUGUUUGAGAUUGUAGUCGCACACGAGCCGGUGGGCUUAUGUGGUGUACUGGGAGGAAUCGCUACUCAGAUACUAUAUUUUAAUCACAGUCUACGAUCAUACAGUGCAUGCAUGGGCAGAUGUCCUCGUCUUAGAAAUUAUGUGCGUAUAGGGAAAUGCAAACAUCAGGUAUCUGUAGCUUGUCUGGAAUAAUGGCAUCUAUCGGCAGUAGGUAAAACAAAAAGAAAUGACGUGUUAGAACAACAAAGAGAAAUCUUGGUGCAUAGGGCCGAAUCCCGAAGGAUGUCUUGUCAAAAUGGAGAAGGAACUCGCUGGUAUACCACUGGAUAUGAAAAUCUCCAAAGUUACAUCCCCUUAUCAAAGGAGCGAAAUUAUAAAUAACCUGGAACAAAAAAAAGCCUUGUUUCAUAUUAUAAUAUCUAUAAACACCAUGUUGGAAAUUUGCAUAUAUCCAACUGCUGUUAAUUAUUACGUGUAAUCGGUUUGAUAUGUAAGUUCCACAUAACUAAGGACGUGAAAUAGCGCUCGUGCAGCGCCAGGGGGCGUGGCCUGCCCACGUGGGCGGUCCCAUUUAAAGUCCAUCUGCUCCGGGACUGAGAGAGCUUGGUGCUGGGGGAGCAUCGCUGUGAAUGGAUUGAAAGAAGGAGAGGAAAAACGAAACAUUUAAGCAUCGGUUUGGUCUGCGUGUGUUCAGCGGCAAAGCCACGGAGCAGAGCAGCGUCGGAGGUGGACUCGUCACCCGUCAUGCACGCCGAAGCGCUUUAUAGGUCACAAGGAGACUUGACUAGGAUUACAGUGUGACACGGGUCUAUCCUGCACUGAAGAGAACCCAGAGGAUUCCCACUGAUUCCCACAUCUUCUGCACAAAUUACCCUCCCUACUAAGAAGUCAGUUGGAGCCCCGGUCGAUAGCAGCUGUUUGGAAACGGAGACCAGGAGCUAAGCCCUGCCCACACUGGUGCUUAAACCCAGCCCACUCAGGCGAUAGGCCACACCCACCCCAUUGCUAAGUCCCACCCACAAAAGCACUGGCUAUGGAGACGCUAUCCCAGGACUCCCUUUUGGAGUGCCAGAUAUGCUUCAACUACUAUAGCCCACGGCGCCGGCCCAAACUGCUGGACUGCCGGCAUACAUGCUGCUCGGUGUGCCUGACCCAGAUGAGGACCAGUCAGAAGGAGAUCCGUUGUCCCUGGUGCCGGGGCGUGACCCGGUUGCCCGCAGGCUUCUCCGUCUCCCAGCUGCCAGACGACCCAGACGUGGUGGCGGUCAUCGCCAUCCCACACGCCUCUGAGCACACACCUGUUUUCAUCCGUCUGCCUAGCAAUGGUUGCUAUAUGCUACCACUGCCCAUCGCCAAGGAGAGAGCACUGUUGCCGGGAGACCUGGGCUGCCGCCUGCUCCCCAGCGGGCAGCAGAAGGGCGUGGCUGUGGUGGCCGUCCCCGAGGACACGCCCUCUUUGGGGGCGGGCCCUGAGGCUGGGGUAGAGAGGCGCGGUGGUGCGGUGCGGAAGGGCUCCACCUGGUCGGGGGUGUGCACUGUGGUCCUCGUGGCCUGUGUGCUUCUCUUCCUCCUGGGAAUCGUGCUGCACAACAUGUCCUGCAUCUCCAAGCGCUUCACUGUCAUCUCCUGUGGCUGAAGGCCCCUUGACCCCGCCCCAUUCACGCUUGGCCCCACCCACUUCACACCUGACUCCUGACGCCAGAUGGGCUUGGGGGGGAGGGGUGGGUGGUGGAGGGGUAUGUGAGGAAGGAGACUGAAGCCGUUUCUGCCAGCGAGCCUCAGGAGUGCUGGGAUAGAUGCAGUUACAACCAGUCCACCACCGAGUUCCCUCUGCAAAAAAAAUUUAACUUAAAAAAUGAUCCCAGAUAGGGAGUCAUGCCGUCCCCUACUGUACUGGGGGGUCAUACGCCUGUGUCCUGUAAGCUGUAGAAAAAGCAGUAAUCGUAUUUUUUAGUUAGGCGUCUCUCGUUUUGAGCCGGAGACGCAGUGUGAAGCAUCUGAGUAUGGCUUCUCUUUGUACAAAAGAAAAACAUAAAAACCCGGGGUCACCCGGUAUUUACGUUCGCUGUUGAGUGCGGCCCCUAGGGGGACUUGUUGCUGCCGAUCUCGUUUUCCCUGGAGUGUUGACGUGGCGGAGUUGUCGUCUCGAGACCAGCUCUUCACACUGGUGUUCAGUGGGAAUCUGAUGAUAAACGUCGAUUAUGACCAGGAGGUGUGUGUUUCCAUGUUUGAGAGCAAUCAGAUUGUGCAUGGUCAUUAAAUAGGGGAAAAUAGCUCCCCCUCCCCAUUUAAUCACCCCCCCCCCCAAUCUAGGUUUUGGGCCUCACUGUAGUCUCUGUUCUCCCUGGCUGGAGCUGGAUCCAUCGUUUUAAGGGAAAAGCUGAUGGAGGCUUUUCUUCGGUGAAUGUUCAGACGGAUCCUGCUGGCAUUAUUUUCCCUUCUUCUCUCCUCUUUCCAUCCUUUCUUUUUACACUGUUACCCUGUCUCCUUCCAAAAUGAGUUGUGUAUUUUACAGAAUAGUGUUUGCUUUCGGACUGGAGUAGCGAUGAGGAAGGGCUCAUUCGUUGUUUGGGGCCCCCUGCUGUUUGGGCUGUGGGAAUGCAUGGUCUCAUGGUUAUUUAUAUAGGAGCCUCAGCAGUAAGAGUAGUACUUGCUCUUUUGUCGGUUGAUGAGUAUUUAUCUUCAGGAGGGAUGGCAGCAUCCUGUCCUUAGAGACAAGCCGAUUGGUCCCAGAGUGCGGAAUCGAUCGCAUGGCUUGCGGAGCCGUUAAAAACGGACAGUCUGUAACCAGACAAAUUUUUGGAUGUUGUGAUUGCCAGUUAAAAUUGGCCCAAAUUGAACUAUCUAUGGCUCUGCAUCUUUGGCAUUAAGAACCCAUUUCUGCAUGAGGCCGUGGUGACUUGGAACACAGGUCUGAUUGGAUCACUAGGGCUUUCUUCGGCCGUCUGUGAUUCACUUGGUAUUUAGUUUGGGCUGUGUUUGUGGGGCUGUGUGCCGGGAAGGUCUAGCGGACCAUAAAUGAUGACCUGUAGUGUUGAUUUGAUGCAACUUUGAGAAUUUUGCACAAUUUAACUGGUUUCUAUUGAGAACUUGGGUUCAGCUGUGAAGUGUUUAUAGUCCAGUGUUACCACGUAGAGAUAUUUGCGUGGUACCACCGGAUGUCUUUGACCACAUGCUGUAUGUGAGUCCAGUCGGCCAUUUUCACUUUCUGGAGAUACUUCUGAUGUAAACAGCCCCGUUUUUUGGGCUGUAGAUUUUGUGUUGUCACAUUUACACUUGUGAUUUUUUUUUGUCCUGUAUUAAAAUUCUGUGGGAAUAUAUAAUGUGUCUGUGCUCCAUGGACUCCUGAAUACGUAAUUGCAACGGAAAGUUACGGAAGAUUGGAGACUCUCUACCUACCUGGGAAACUGCACCCAGGGGCUUCCUGUUUGCUACUGGGAGGUGUGAAAAUGACAUGCCUUCUCGGCGGUUUGGAGCGGUGCUAUUCCAGUAUCUCAGUUAAUGAUGAAGUGAGGAGAAUCUGCUCGUUUUCUAAGCUGCAUUCUGUCUAUUUAGGUGUCUGUACUUUUUUAGCCUGAAUCCUUUGUGAGGGUACUCCUGUGAGUCCUAAGCUAGCCACACCCACUGUACCCUUAACCACACCCACAAUCGACAUGGGCACACCCUCAAUUUCCAUGACCACACCCACAAUUUUAAUGACCACACCCACCAUUUUAAUGACCACGCCUACCAUUUGCAUGACCACACCCACCAUUUCCAUACCCAUUUCGCUGGGGUAGUUUGACCUUCUCAUGAAGGUCAUAUUCCUCUCUUUUCCUCCUCCCUCUCUCUUCAUCGCCCCUCUGACCUGGAAGGAGUACACCCCCCCCCCCAUCCGCCCACUAAAGGUGUUUACAGUUUUGAACAGUCCUGCCAAAUACAUUCUAAAACAGCUGUUGAUGGAGAUAAGCGUGUUUGACUGAAGCCUCGUCCUUAUGGCUCUGUUUGUGUUCUGAUGAUGACUGUGGUGUUUAUAAUGUCUUUUGGUAUCUCUCCACUUUUUUUUUGGUGCCAUCUUUUCCCAAGGCUAUUUGGUCUCGCCUUGAACAUUGCGUGUAUGUGUGGUUGUGUGUGUGUGUGUGUGUGUGUGUGUGGAGCGGGGGGGUCGACAUUGUGAGAUUCUUCCAGACGCCUGAAGUUUGACUGCACGACGUCUACGGCCAAUCAGAAGAGGCUCCUUUUGUAUUCCGCCCAACUGCCACAACAUCAGGAUGGGGGAUGUGACUCGCCUUGGGUGAUCCAUCCCCCUAUGGCUAAAUCCGCUGCUUCUAAAGACUGGGAACUAUAAAACUCAAAAGGCUUCUUCAAAAAUCCCACCACAACGUGUCUGAUGGAGCUCCUUCUUUGGUCGUCCUUCCCUUCUGUAGCGCUGACUUCCCUGUGAAGGUGCCGUCCAUGUGGGGGGAGGAGUCGACACUAGUGGGCGUUUUGGUGUUCUUCUUCCUUGUCCUUAAGUCGAUGUUUUUAUUUAGUCCUUUGCAAUGUUUUGAAUAAAGGAAAAAGUGACUUGUCAA